AUGAGAAAGAUUGAGGAAGAGCUGAAAAAGGCAAUGUGUAACGACCCAUUUAGUUGUUUAGAUUUUACCCCUGCUGACCUUUCUCCUAGAUCUGUUAGAGUGUUUGAGACUCGCAGGGUGGUUUUGCACAUGCGAAGUCUUUUCCGCAGGCGCGGAACCGCACAUGCGAAAGUUGUCUCGCAUCUGCGAGAUGAUGAGGGGGGAGAAGCACCGGCUUUCUUUGCUGAUAGUUGUCCAAAUGGAAUUGAUUCGAAAUCAAAGGGACACGAAACGGCUAUUUGUAUCGACUCUAAAAUUUAUGUGAUUGGUGGGGCUGAUCAUGAAUCGACGUCGGUCAUUGGAGUUCGAAUCUUCGACAAAUCUAGUGGUGAAUGGAUAAACCCCACAGUACUAGGUGCUAAACCCAAGCUGUCAAAUGGUCACUCAGCCGUGCUUAUAAAUGUUGAUCGUAUAUUGGUCAUUAAGAGCAAUUCGAAUACUGAUGACUGCUUUUGGUUUCUUGAGGUGGCCACCCCAUUUAUAAAAGAACAGGAAAAGACAUAUGGGAAUGAUGUGGUUGCCUGGAGUAAGGGAGUUUUAGGAAAUGUUGAGAAGCCUAUUGUCAUUAGUGGCCCUUCUGGAGUGGGGAAGGGUACUUUGAUAACUAAACUAAUGAAAGAGUUCCCAUCUAUGUUUGGAUUUUCUGUGAGCCACACAACCCGUGCACCAAGAGAAAAAGAGCAGAAUGGAUUUCAUUACCAUUUCAGUGACCGUAGUGUAAUGGAGAAAGACAUAAAGGAUGGGAAGUUUCUGGAGUGUGCUUCUGUUCAUGGUAAUCUUUAUGGUACCAGUGUUGAAGCUGUUGAGGUGGUUGCUGAUGCUGGCAAGAGAUGCAUCCUUGAUAUUGAUGUUCAAGGUGCAAGGUCUGUGAGGGCUAGCUCUCUUGAUGCUAUUUUCAUUUUUAUUUCUCCGCCAUCAUUUGAAGAGCUUGAGAAGCGCCUUCGUGAUAGGGCAACUGAGACUGAAGAGCAAAUCCAAAAGCGUCUCCGAAAUGCUAGGGUGGAACUAGAACAAGGAAAAUCAUCAGGUCUCUUUGAUCAUAUUUUGGUGAACGAUGACCUAGAAAGUUGUUAUGAGAAUCUUAAGAACAUCUUGGGUCUCACUGAAGGUGUGAAGAUUGCUCCUAUAACAUAUCCAGAAUUAGUCGACUUGCCUAUCGAACAUUUAGUCUCAAAGAAUGAUCAGAAGAUUUUAAUCAACUGUGGUGCUGCAGAAUAUCAAAAAGGGAUCUGCUUAUGGAAGACUGGUGACAGAGCUGGAGGAGUCCGGAACCAAAAUGAUCCAUUAAGUACUCAUGUCAGUUUGCUUGAUAUGGCAUCUUGGAGUAAAAAUUGGUCGAAUAUUGGUUGUUCCUAUUUUGGUGAUCCUUGUUUGAUUUGUGGAAGACCCACUUGUGGCAAGCAACAUCUUUGUCAAAAUAUUUCGGGAAUGGGUUGUGUGCACCUUCCCAAUCUUUUGAGUGGAAUAUUUGUAAUAUAUGUGGUGGUCAAGACGGUCAUUGGAAUGGUUGUCCUAACUCUCACUCCCCAUCCCCGAGCCCAUAUUAUGAUUCUCCUGUUAUUUGUGAUGUUGACAGUAGUAAUGAAGUGGAGGAUGCGGAAAGUCUUGCAUAGCGAUAUGAUGAAGCAAAUAGGGGAGCAAAUAAUGGAGCAUGAUGCAUUAAUGAGAGAGCAAAACGCAGAAAUGUGGAAAGCCAUAGAGAGGAUUCGUGCCAAACUCACAGAGAUGCAGGCCGAGGCCGAAACUUGUAAUAAUCUACAAGUUAUAGGCUUAGCCAAUACUCAAGACGAACCUCAAACAGAAGAAGAGAGCGAGUUCCCACAAGUAGAUAGCUUUGAAGAAGCAGAGAUAGUGAGCCAAUCUUGGUUAACAGAACAAGUUCAACAAAUGAAAUUUCAUGGGUUUCUCCGUGAUGGUCUUACAAACAUGGCUACAUAA